AAGACUUCCUUCUACACUCGUUUGGCAAUAACUGUUGGAGGUUUAAAGCGAGCUUUGAUUUUGAUACUUUAAUAUUUAAUCAGCCAUUUAAUUAUCUGAUAAAAUUGUGAAAUUUUAAUUAAAUUUUUAUUGGAAAAGACAUUGACUGGCGUUAUUGUUUUAGAAUAUAUUGGAUAUAAAUUCUACACUUGUAACACGACCACUUCAGAAAAUGGGUUUUAUUCAUGGGAUUGGACGAUUUCUGUUGGUUAUAAUAAACCUUGUUCUAGUGAUGGUGUCUUUGUCACUAAUAACUGUCGGGUGCAUUGUGAAAUUUGGCGGCGAUACUCUCAACAAGUACACUGACCCAGUACUUAAAAAGAUUCAGGAAAGUGCGCAGGGGGCAUUUGAUGAAAAUGACUUCUCGGUGGACAACUUUGAUUUAGGAGAGAUAUUUGGUACCGUAGCCACAUUGCUCAUCGUGAUGGGCGUUGUUCUACUUGUCAUUUCCUUCCUCGGAUCAUGUGGGGCCUGCUGUAACAUCAAAUGCAUGCUUAUAUUAUAUGCUGUGAUUCUACUCGUGUUGGUCCUCGGUCAGAUUGUCUUUGUUGUCUUCCUGUUUGGCUACACGGCUGUGCUAAAGGAUGCCAUGAAAAAGCCCCUCAAGAACCUGUUGAAGAAUUACAAAGGAUUAAAUGGAACUAAUGUGGAAUCAUUAGCUUGGACUUUCGUUAUGCAAGAGUUCCAGUGUUGUGGACUAGAAAACUAUGAAGACUUUAAGCGAGGAGACAGUGAAUGGUUUGGUGAGGGCAAUGCCGAUUGGAAAACUCCCGUAUCCUGCUGCAAACAAUUACCAAAAGUUAAAAAUGACUUCGAUUGUGCACAAACCAACGGACAUGACGCGGAGCACAACAAUUUCAACAAAGGAUGUGUUGACGAGAUAUGGAGAGUUCUGAUCGAAGAGAACACAACUUACACUUAUUUAGGCGUCACAGCAAUACUUGGCUUCCAGCUGCUGAUGAUAGUGUUUGCGUUCCUCAUGUAUUGCAAAGAUGAUGAAAAGGUUCAGCCUUCGGAACGACGAUCCAAGGGAAAGAAGAAGAGAAACCGCCGUUCAGAAUGGUAGAAAAAGCGACCAAAAUAACAUUCUUGAAAGACAAUUAUCUAGAAUACAACACAACAUUGCAUGUCUUUAUGUUCUCAUUCUUCAACAUAAAUAUUUUAUCAAAGGUGACAUAUAUAUAGUAAAGGAUAGAAUUUCGUCAAAAUGUGCAGUUAAAAAGCUGAAAGACGGAUGACGUCAUCAUCAAAUGGUGUAAGAGCAGAGAAAUCUAGAUUGAAAGUGUAGAUUAUAUUUUAUUUUCACUGUUUAAUUUUCAGGAAAGAAAUAAACAUUAAAGUGCAUACCCUACAUGUAGAAAUGCAUUCAUGCUAACUAUAAGUUAAACAAUUAAAAAAAGAAGCAAUAAAGAUAUAACAUUGAUAAAUUUUGCUUGCAAAGAUCAAUACAUAGCUGUAAUAUAAACUUAUUUUUAACACUUACCAUUAUGCUUUGAUAGACUUUAAGUUGCUGGCCCAACGUCUUACAUCAGUUAAUAUAUUUUAAUAAAGUUUUGUAAUUGUUAUCGCUAUUUAACCAUUUAGAAAAAGUGAAAUUUGUGUUAAUAAAAGAGACAUUGAGCUCAA